AUGUCGCAAGCAUCCGCAAGCCACACUCAGAGCAGACGAAGUUUUCCUUCCAGAUUGAAUUUAAGGACCAACGUGCGCGACAGGCUAGGCCCAAGACCUGACAUCCACGCUCGCCUGGGCCAGCAGGAAGACGUUCAUGAAAGGCUAGGCUCCCAGGGAGGUCAACUUGACGGCCAUCGAGACGAGGAUCGAGAAGAAAGGCGCUCUGCUGCUCGCUCGCAGAGAAACAUUCGCGAAAGGAUAGGCCCCCAGGGAGGUCAACUCGACAAUCAUCACAAUGAGGACCGUGAAGAAAGGCGCUCUGCUACUCGCUCUCGAAGAACCAAUUCUCGUCGCCAAACUACUGGAAAUCCCUCACAAGCGCAGUCCACCAACACUCCGCCUAGACAGCACAACCGAGAAGGUCGACCCUCGCAAGCCAAUGAGGAAGUCAAUCAACAUCGUCUAAAUCGCGAAGAUCAUCAACGUGACCGACUAGCCAUGCGUGCAGAAGACGUUGAGAAGCUUGUGAAUAACCGACUUCAAGACUUAAAGAUUGGCGGAAAUUUCGAAGAUGCACUACGCAUUGAGGUAGACCGAGCAAAUUCCUCACAUUUCACAGUCAAAAUUGAGCAGGCUGCUCCUCCGAAACGAUUCUCAACGCCCUCUUUUACAUGCUUCAAAGGCGAUUCCGACCCCGAAAGUCAUCUGAAGCAUUUCAAGAGCCUUAUGAUCCUCUACAAAGCUGAAGACGCGUUAAUGUGCAAGGUGUUUGCAAUGACUUUGCGAGGAGCAGCUCAGGAUUGGUUCCAUACCCUGCCAUCCGGGUCGAUCAACAGCUUCAAGGAGCUUACUUACAUCUUCACUAAAGAAUACACUUCUUAUCGGACGAUCAAGAAGAACCCCGACCAUCUGUUCAACCUGCGCAAGAAGCCCGAGGAAUCCCUUCGAGAUUACAUCAAGAGGUUCAAAGCAGAAAAGGCCAACAUCGUAGGGUGCGAUGACCAAAUCGCAUCCUCCGCAUUCAAGAAAGGUCUUCCAGCAGAGCAUGACUUAUAUCGCGAGCUGACUAUCACUCCCAGCCAGACUCUGGCAGAGGUCUUCGCGACCGCAGAACGCUACGCACUCUGGGAUGACGAUCGAAUCGCCGCGAAGAAGUCUACUGAGCAGGAAGAUCGACCGGCCAAGCGGGCAGAACAAAGAAGCGACAGGCUUGGCAGCAGGGACAAAGACAAAGGCAGGCCACGUCCACAAAGAGAGGCCACGACGAAAGAGAACUACACCAAGUUCUCUAUUCCCAUACACCAAAUUUUGGCCCAAGUGAAGGACAAACCUUGGGUAAAAAGACCUUCACCCUUGAAAGGAGAUCCGGACAAGAGGGAUACCAGAAAAUAUUGUGCCUUCCAUGCGACACAUGGGCACAAUACGAAUAAUUGCUUUGCUUGGAAAGCGCAUCUCGAAGAACUCGUGAGAGAAGGUCAUUGCACGGAGUUCAUCGCGAGGCAGGCCAUCCAGCAGAUAGAAGACCGCGAUACCGCCAAGGAGCCACCCCAGAAGGUCAUAAGGAUUAACACAAUCCUAGCCGACUCCGAGGAGUCUGGACUGACCAACAAAGAAAAGAAGAGGAAGAUCAAACAGGCUACUAUGAUCUCCCAAGUCUCAACUAGCCUCUCACUGGCAGAAGACGAUCCCGUGAUCGGCUUCCAAAAAAAAGACUUAAUCGGCCUUGAUCUACCACACAAUGACGCCCUUGUCAUCAGCAUUCAAAUCGCUCAGGCCAUGGUCGACCGAGUCCAUGCAGAUGAGGGCAGUGCAGCCAACAUCCUACAAUUGGCAGUCAUCCAACAGAUGGGCUUAGAGGCAAAAAUCAAUAAAUCAGCCAAGUCGCUGACUGGUUUCAAUGGCGCAACGACAGUUACCGUGGGCACGAUAGAUCUCGACGUCUACUCUCCACCUGUAAUCAGCUCACAAACGUUCAUGGUCAUUGAUGAAGUAUCACCCUACAAUGGCAUUCUAGGCCGACCAUGGAUCGGCAAGAUCAAUGCCAUACCUCCGCCACACAUCAGAAGAUUCGUUACCCAGUUCCUGGGGGCGGUAUCAGCCAGAUCAACAGCGAUCAGACAAUGGCGAGGAAAUGCUCAGCUCAAGGGCUGA